AGGUGGGUUGACAUUUGAAGGCUGGGGCUUGACAAGAACGGAGCGAAACCUAACCAUGGCUGCCAAACAACAAAGGAUGAGGAAAUCCCAGGCUGCAAAGAGAAAGAGACUCCAGAAGAAAAGCCAGUUGGCCAAACGGGGCCAGAAGAGACUCCGGGGCGCCAGGCAGCGGAAAAGCCUCCCUUGUCCCGAACCCAAGGACAAGCCCAUGGGCACGGUCAGCAGCAAAGUGGUGAGGAUCCGCACCCCCAAGCUCUUCGCCUCCAAGAUAGUACGCCAGGUGCUGAAGUCCUACAUCGAGGUCAAAGCCAAGGGACUCGUGAAGACCUUGCUCACCGAUGUCUACAACCACGUGUCGACCCAAGUGGAGUCCUUAAGCCAGAGGAGCCAGCCUUCCCCCAUCAGCACCAAGGAUGUGCAGAAGGCUUUGGAAGAGGCCAUGGCCAAGGAGUUGGGCAACCAAGCGGCGGUGGAGCCCGUGAGCAGCGAAUGUGCUUAGAAGGAAAAGGUCUCCCUCCCCUUCACUUCCGAAGGACACCAACCAAGACGAGAAGGGAGAGGCUCACACUUGAGACUUGAACGUAUUUUGCUGCCAUCGCGAUAAAUCCUGUCCUCUACUACUAUCUUAGAUGCCACCUCAAACUGUCUUCAUUGCAAAAGCUAAGCCUGCCUUUUAUGAGAAGAUCUGUUCUCAAGAACUAUCUGGCAACGUAACCAAAGGAGAGAGAAAAAUCACUGACGACAUAUACUAGAAAUUUUCCAUCACCGGACCAAUUUUUGUUUUGAGGUGGUUCUCAAAAAGGAACACCAUAAAUUGUCUUGUUCUUUCAAUAAAACAGGAUUUUGGCAGCUUUA